AAAAAAAUUCUCCCACAAUCGCGAGUCCGAUCAUACAAUUGCGAACCACUCAACGACGAAACAACGAGAAGCUAAAUAAAUUCCUUGGGAAUACGACCCCAUGAAAUAGCAUAGCGACGACAAGUGUGAUCCAAUUCUAAACUUGGGAUCCUAUCCUCAGAACACCCAUACGAUCGAAAGGAAGGCACUCCCUCCUGCAAAUAUGGCCAAGAAGCGCAAGGCGCCGAGGAACUCGGAGCCCGCGGGGCCCCGCGAGGUCGACCCCAACGAUGCCCGGCUAGCGGUCAAGACGUACCGCGACGUGGCCGACUCGGAGGACGAGUACUUUGCAAAAGAGGAGGACCGCAUCGACUUCGAGGAUGAGCCGCGGUCGAAGCGGCUGCGCAGGCAGGAGAAGGAGGACGCCUUCCUCGAAGCUUCGGACGAGGAGAUCUUCGCCAACGACAACGACAACAGCGACGAGGAAGAGCAGACAGAAGCCGCAGCUCCUACAAUGAAGCAAAAAAAGUGCGGGGAGAAGGCAGCCGCUAAGAAGGACGACCUGUCCGACGACGAUGAAGAGCAGGGCCAGCGCGGCGACCAAGAAGGCGACGACGGCUGGUGGGGCACUUCGCGCAAAGAGUACUACGAUGCCGAUGUCAUUGAGACCGAGGCGGAUGCCUUGGAAGAAGAGGCAGAGGCCCGGAGGCUCCAGGUCAAGAAGCUGGCCAAGAUGAACGAGGCCGAUUUCGCGUUUGACGAGGGCGAGUGGUUGGCUUCUACAACCAAGGGCGAAGCUGCAGCGGACGGCGCUGACGAGGACGUCGUGGUCGAGGUCCUCAACGACGCCGAGAUCACGAGCGAGAUGACUCCCGACGAGAGGUACAAGCUGUUGCAGGCGCGGUAUCCCGAGUUCGACUACCUGGUGGACGAGUUCAGGGAUCUGAAGUCCAUGCUAGCUACCCUGCAGAAAGAAGCACUCGGCAAGCCGGCCAAGUCGAUCGAGGUGGUGAAGUCUUGGGUACUCGCGUGCUAUUUCGCCGCCCUGACCAGCUACUUCGCCAUCCUGACGUCCCCGGCGAGGGACAGUGUCGAUGGCCAGACGAAAACGCUCAGCCCCGCAGAGCUGCGGGAUCACGAGGUCAUGGAGACGCUGAUGAGCUGUCGCGAGGCGUGGGUGAGGGUCGAGAAGCUCAAGCCGGCCAAGACUGCGGCUGUGUCGAGCAUCGGCAUGCUCUCGCCGCCGGAGGAAGAGGAUCUGAGCAUGUCUGAUGGGUCGAUAAAGCCAAAGAAUAAAAAGGAGAAACUAUCCAAGGGCGACAUCAAGGCCAGUAAGAAGGCGGCUGACAAGGCCAAGAAGGCCAGGGCUGUCGAGCAGUCCCUGGCAGAUAUGUCUGCCCUGCUCAAGGGUACCAUGACGGCAGCGGCCCGCGCAGAGGCUUUGUCUGUGCCGGUGGAAGACGGAGAGGAUGACAACCGCUCCGACUUUGGCGAAGAGGAAACCAUUGACGCCCGGACAGCCGCCGACAAGGUACAGCGCAAGAAGAGCCUGCGGUUCUACACUUCGCAGAUCGUCCAGAAGGCUAGCCGUCGCGCUGGAGCAGGCCGUGACGCUGGUGGUGACAUGGAUAUUCCGUACAGGGAGCGACUUCGUGACCGACAAGCACGCCUCAACGUCGAGGCGGAGCGUCGCGGCAAGAAGGAUGGCAGGCCCGGCACGGAGCUGGGCGGCGACGGCGACCACAGCGGCGACGACAACGAGGGCACGGUGGCGCGGGAGGUGCGCGACGGUGAGGACGCGUACUACGACAUGGUGGCGCACGCGGCGCAGCGGAAGCGGACGGACAAGACGGCGCGGCACGAGGCGCUGGCCAAGGCCAAGAAGGACGAGCGCAUCGUGGAGUCGGCUGAGAUAGGGCCCGACGGCAAGCGGCAGAUCACGUACCAGAUCCAGAAGAACAAGGGCCUCAUGCCCACGCGCCGCAAGGAGGUGCGCAACCCGCGCGUCAAGAAGCGCAUGAUGUACGAGGACAAGAAGAAGAAGCUCCGCAGCGUCAAGGCCACGUACAAGGGCGGCGAGGGCCGCGGCGGGUACCAGGGAGAGCUGUCGGGUAUCAAGACCAACCUGGUCAAGAGCACCAAGCUGUGAAGUGUGGGGGAGUGUAGACAUAGAUGUUGCCCUUUUGGGUGUGCUGCUGGCAAUUGAGACUUGGAGACAUGAAGUUGAGAUGUUGUCUGACCGAGUUGAGUUGAGUGUUGACUGAGCUGAGUGAGUUCAGUCGAGUUGCUGAGUUGCCAAGACUCUUCAGAACACCAGCGCCCUGUGGUUGCCACUUGAUUCCUUAGAGUGCAGUUUGAAGCUCGAUCCUCAUGUUUGACAUCCAUAACUGAAGCCCGUUGCUAACAUGGGCGAUUACACUGAAGCUGAAGCCGAGAUUUUUGUUUCCGUUUCACGGUUUAUUGACCUAUAUUGCUGCUUGGGAACCUUCCAGUCUCCAGAUCCUCUGCCUUGGGUAUAAUUUCUCUGUUAUUACUCUGUACACCUUUGAGUAUAUUCAUUGCGUUUCUUGAGUGCAAUUAAGGGUUCUUAUUCAUCACUUCCUGCCCCUUUGUUGUUUUAUUUAUUGAUUUUGCUGCUCAC